GGGGUGACGGUCAGAGCCGAGUGGCUGCGCGCGGGCCUGCAGCGACCCGCUCCCCUCGCUCUGGAGGAGGUUCUAUUGAUCUGUGAAGGUCAGGGCUUGAGCCCUGCUGGAUAGAAAAGCUGUCUUUUCACAGCCAUGCUAACUGCGGGAUGAAGCUAGAGGCUGUUGUUGAGCAGCUGCAGAAGCAGCAGCAGCAACAGCAGCAAGGUCCUCUGCAGAUGGAUUCCAGAGAGAGACAGCAGAGGCAGAUGAGAGAAGCCCAGCUGCUUUAUACUCAGCAGCUGGCAGCACAGCAGGCUGUUCUAGCAGCCACAUCUGGCAGGGCUUCGGGCAGCCAAGCACUUGGUCCUUUGGCCAAAGUUCCACCUGUAGUUGGGGCCAUCCGAGCUUUUGAUCACAGCAGUGUGACCUCAGAGCCAGAAGAGGAUGAAGAAGAGGAUGAAGAAGAAGAGGGUUUGGAAGAUGGAGAUCUGGAGGAGGACACUGAAAUGACUGGGAAAGAUGCCUGUUCUACUUUGAAGUAUUUUCAUUCUCAAAAAGUUGCCCAUCACAACCAAAGAGUGGCUUCUACUUCGAAUCCUCUUCCAGCCCCGGAACUUCAGCGGGGACAGCAGGAAAAGGACGAACAGGGUAAAGACACUACUAAACAAUCAUGUUCUGGUUCUCCAUCUGGGCGGCAGACCUGGAGAAUGGAUGAGCAGCUCAAGCAGAAUGGAAGUCUGACUUGGAGCGAAGAAGCUGAUGGAGGCCGAGGAAGAGAAAUCUCUCGAGAUUUUGCCAAGCUGUACGAACUGGAUAGUGACCCUGAACGGAAGGCGUUCCUGGAUGACCUCUUCAUCUUUAUGCAAAAGAGAGGAACUCCCAUCAAUCGGAUCCCCAUCAUGGCGAAGCAGAUCCUGGAUCUCUAUAUGCUCUACAAACUGGUUACUGAGAAGGGAGGGCUGGUGGAAAUCAUAAAUAAGAAGAUAUGGCGGGAGAUCACCAAAGGCCUUAACCUGCCCACCUCCAUCACCAGUGCAGCGUUUACACUUCGGACCCAGUAUAUGAAGUACUUGUAUGCCUACGAAUGUGAGAAGAAGUCCCUAAGCUCUCCUGCCGAGCUGCAGGCUGCGAUCGACGGCAACAGGCGGGAAGGCAGACGGCCCAGCUACAGCUCCUCCUUGUUCAGUUAUUCACCCACCGCCACGGUGCCUCCUUCCCUCCUGUCUCCUCCAAAGCUCCGCUUCCCGAUCAUUGGCCUGGCCCCAGGCAGUGGAACCAGCAACUCCCGUCUCUCUCCAGUGGCAGCUCUCAGGAAAGGCGAUGGCAUCCCCCUGACUGUGUCCAUGCCAAAUCGCAUUGCCAUGCCAGUGACCUUGGCUAACCAGCAGGCAACUGUAGCAGCAAGGACAGCCACUCUGGAACAGCUGAGGGAGAGGCUGGAGGCUGGAGAGCCGCCGGAGAAGAAACUCUCACGGAUGACGGAGGAGGAGCAGCGGCUUGUCCAGCAGGCACUUCAGCGCAACCUGUUCAGCAUGGCGCGGCAGAUCCCCAUGAAGAUCAAAAUCAAUGGCAGGGAAGAUAAACCAGAUGCCACGGCGGCGGCAGCAGCAGCAUUGCAUUUGUCACCCAGCGGCAUUGGGAGUAUUAACAUGUCUGUGGAGAUUAACGGCACAAUCUAUGCUGGAGUACUGUUUGCCCAGAAGCCCGUCGUCCAUCUAAUUGCAGGAUCCAGCACCCAAAGCACCUGCAGUAGCAGCAGCAGCUCCCACUGCUCUCCUAGCCCGACCUCGUCCAGGGGCACCCCCAGCGCAGAGCCCUCAACCAGCUGGUCUCUCUGA